ACACUAAGAACAAAUCCUAAUUUGGGAGCCCCCUUCCUUCCCUCACUGUUCCAUGCGCUACCGCCAUCGCCGCCGCCAUCACCUCUUAGGGUUUCUUCCGGUAUCAGCCAGGCUCUCCCUCCUCGUUCCUUAUACAAUCUUACGAGCUGGAUUCUCUCUGCUUCCUCAGGCGAAUCUCCAUGUGCCGCUGGUUCAGCGGCUUUGUUGAUUGAGGCACAAAAAGUCUACCAACAGCUUCUUUCCUUGAUCGAUUUCAGAAGCCUAGGGUUUUUGUAUGGUUUUCAUUUAGGGAAUUGUUGAGAUUUAAUGGUUUUGUUUGGAUUUGGAUGGCAUUGGGCGGGGAUUUAAUGGCUUCACGAUUUUCGCAAUCAUCCGAUGCAGUGAUGUCCAAUCACUUGGAAGAUUGCGGCGGGGAUGCUGACGAGCUGUCCCAACAAAGGGAUUCUGAUACUGCCUCUACGAGUAGUUACGUCAAUGCAGCGUCUGCUGCAACCACUAGCAUGCUGUAUUUGCCCCAGACUGUGGUAUUAUGCGAGCUUCGACACGAUGCCUUUGAAGCUUCCACGCCAACAGGUCCGUCGGAUAGCGGUCUUGUCUCUAAAUGGCGUCCUAAAGACCGAAUGAAGACAGGAUGUGUAGCUCUUGCUUUAUGUUUGAACAUUAGUGUUGAUCCACCUGAUGUAAUAAAGAUUUCCCCUUGUGCAAGAAUGGAAUGUUGGAUAGAUCCUUUUUCUAUGGCACCACCAAAAGCACUUGAAACAAUAGGAAAAAACAUGAGAGAUCAAUACGAAAGGUGGCAACCAAGGGCUCGCUAUAGGGUUGAACUUGAUCCUACUGUGGAUGACAUGAGGAAACUUUGCGAUACAUGUCGCAGAUAUGCAAAGUCUGAGAGAGUUUUGUUUCAUUAUAAUGGACAUGGUGUGCCAAAGCCAACUUGUAACGGUGAAAUCUGGGUAUUUAAUAAGAAUUAUACCCAAUAUAUCCCAUUGCGAAUUAGUGACCUUGAUUCCUGGUUAAAAACACCAUCUAUUUAUGUUUUUGAUUGCUCUGCUGCUGGAAUGAUUGUUAAUGCAUUCAUUGAGCUUAAUGACUUGGGUGCUUCUAACUACUCUGGAUCUGCUCGUGAUUGCAUUAUGCUUGCUGCAUGUGAAGCACAUGAGACUCUUCCUCAGAGUGCUGAAUUUCCUGCUGAUGUUUUUACAUCUUGCCUCACUACACCAAUCAAAAUGGCAUUGAGAUGGUUCUGUGCACGGUCAUUGCUUCGUGAAUCUCUUGAUUAUUCUCUUAUAGAUAAAAUUCCUGGUCGCCAAAAUGACCGCAAGACGCUUUUAGGGGAAUUGAAUUGGAUUUUUACAGCAGUUACUGACACAAUUGCCUGGAAUGUUCUUCCACAUGAUCUUUUUCAGAGACUGUUCAGACAAGAUUUGUUAGUUGCCAGUCUGUUCCGAAAUUUUCUACUUGCUGAGAGAAUCAUGCGCUCUGCAAAUUGUUCCCCUAUUUCCCACCCGAUGUUGCCACCAACCCAUCAGCAUCAUAUGUGGGAAGCAUGGGACAUGGCUGCUGAAAUUUGCCUUUCUCAGCUUCCAUUACUGGUCGAGGAUCCUAAUGCAGAAUUCCAGCCAAGUCCAUUUUUCACAGAGCAGCUCACCGCUUUUGAGGAGUGGCUUGACCAUGGAUCCGAGCAUAAGAAGCCACCAGAGCAAUUACCUAUUGUGCUUCAGGUUUUACUUAGUCAAUGCCACCGUUUCCGUGCACUGUUUCUACUUGGAAAAUUCCUUGAUAUGGGACCAUGGGCUGUAGAUCUGGCCUUAUCUGUUGGGAUAUUCCCUUAUGUUCUGAAGCUUUUACAAACAACUACACCAGAUCUACCUCACAUCCUUGCAUUCAUAUGGACAAAGAUUCUGGCACUUGAUAAGUCAUGUCAGGUAGAUCUUGUGAAGGAUCUUGGACAUACAUAUUUCAUCAGGUUUCUUGACAACAUGGAAGCGUUUCCUGAACAGCGUGCGAUGGCUGCAUUUGUUUUGGCUGUCAUUGUGGAUGGUCAUAGAAGGGGCCAGGAAGCCUGCAUCGAAGCAGAUUUGAUUAAUCUUUGCUUGAAGCACCUUCAGGGUUCUGUGCUGCCACAUGAUUCACAAUCUGAACCCUUAUUGCUUCAGUGGCUUUGCCUUUGUCUAGGAAAGUUGUGGGAGGAUUUUACAGAGGCUCAAUUGAUAGGCCUGCAGGCUGGUGCUCCUGCCAUAUUGGCUCUUCUUCUGUCAGAACCUCAACCAGAGGUUAGAGCAUCUGCCAUAUUUGCUCUUGGUACUCUGCUUGAUGUUGGGUUUGAUACAUCUAGAGAUGGUGUUGGAGGUGAUGAAGAAUGUGAUGAUGAAAAGAUUAGGGCUGAUAUUAUCAAAAGCCUCUUAAGUGUUGUUUCAGAUGGAAGUCCACUAGUCAGGGCAGAGGUUGCUGUAGCUCUAGCACGCUUUGCCUUUGGACAUAAGCAGCAUCUCAAGUCCAUUGCUAUUGCAUAUUGGAAACCUCAAUCUAAUUCUCUGUUGAAUCCUUUGCCUUCACUGGUCAACAUAAAAGGCACAGGAAGUGGAAAUAUAGCUUCAUCCCAGAUAGGGCCUUUGACUAGAGUUGGCAAUGACAGCCCAGUAGUGCUUCGAGAUGGAAGAGUUUCCACUAGUAGCCCUCUUGCCUCUUCUGGAAUUAUGCAUGGAUCUCCAUUGUCUGAUGAUUCAUCUCAACAUUCUGGUUCUGGAAUAUUGAAUGAUGGUAUCAGCAAUGGAAUAGUUAACCAUUCAAGGCCAAAGCCACUGGACAAUGCAAUGUAUUCUCAGUGUGUAUUAGCAAUGUGUACUUUGGCCAAGGACCCAUCCCCACGAAUAGCAAGUCUUGGUCAGCGUGUUCUCUCAAUUAUUGGGAUUGAAAUUGAAGUGACAAAAGCAGUGAAGUUGAGUGGUGGCAGUGUUCGGCCUGGUGAACCUACAACUUCUUCCCCAACUCCUAGUCUUGCAGGACUAGUUCGGUCAUCUUCCUGGUUCGACAUGAAUGGAGGUCGUCUGCCUUUGACAUUUAGAACUCCUCCUGUCAGCCCUCCUCGACAAAGUUACUUUCCAGGAAUGCGUAGAGUUUGCUCUUUAGAGUUCAGGCCUCAUCUGAUGAAUUCUCCUGACACGGGAUUAGCUGACCCACUUUUAGGUUCUGUUUCUGGGCUAUCAGAGCGCAGUUUACUUCCUCAAUCAACUAUCUAUAAUUGGAGUUGUGGUCACUUCUCCAAGCCAAUUCUUACUGCAACUGACAAUGGUGAAGAAAUAUUAGCUAGAAGAGAAGAGAGGGACAAAUUUGCACUAGAGCUUAUUGCAAAAUGCCAACAUUCUUCUGUUAGCAAACUUAAUACUGAUAAACAAAUUGCUAACUGGGAUACAAAGUUUGAGACCGGCACAAAAGCAGCUUUGUUGCAACCUUUUGCUCCUAUUGUGAUUGCUGCAGAUGAGAAUGAACGAAUCAGGGUAUGGAAUUAUGAAGAGGCUAGCCUGCUGAAUGGUUUUGAUAACCAUGAUUUUCCUGAGAAAGGGAUUUCUAAGCUCUGCCUUCUGAAUGAGCUUGAUGACAGCUUGCUCCUUGUUGCUUCAUAUGAUGGAAAUAUCCGUGUUUGGAAAGAUUAUACAGUGAGGGGUAAACAGAAGCUUGUUACUGCAUUUCCUUCAAUCCAAGGUCACAAACCUGGUGUGCGGAGCUUGAAUGCUGUUGUUGACUGGCAACAGCAGUCUGGAUACCUGUAUGCUUCUGGAGAGAUAUCAUCAAUCAUGUUAUGGGACCUCGAUAAGGAGCAGCUUGUCAACUCAAUACCUACAUCUUCAGAUUGCAGUGUCUCUGUCUUGGCUGCUUCUCAACUUCAUGGUAGUCAACUUGCAGCUGGUUUUGUGGAUGGUUGUGUAAGACUCUAUGACAUCCGGACGCCUGAAAUGCUGGUUCGUGCAAUGCAGCCACAUACUCAUAAAGAAGUAGGAAGAGUUGUUGGUAUUGGCUUUCAGCCUGGACUUGAUGCAGGAAAGAUUAUCAGUGCAUCUCAGGCUGGUGAUGUUCAGUUCCUUGAUAUUAGAAGACCUAGAGAUACGUACCUCACGAUUAAUGCACACAGGGGCUCACUAACAGCUUUAGCCGUUCAUAGAUAUGCCCCUAUAAUUGCCAGUGGCUCAGCAAAACAGCUAAUCAAAGUCUUCAGUUUGGAAGGCGGACAAUUAGGCACCAUAAAGUACAAUACAACCUUCAUGGCCCAGAAGAUAGGUUCCGUCAGCUGCCUCACUUUCCAUCCCUACAAAGUAUUGCUUGCUGCUGGGGCUGCAGAUGCUUGUGUGUCAAUUUAUGCUGACGGCAAUUCUCAAACGAGGUGACUGGUUUCAUUCUUUUCUGAUUUCAUAAAUUUGGGAGGCAGCACAUGGUGGCUGAAGGAGGGUCAGCUCGAAGUGCCUUCAAGUGUCAGAGAUCCAAUCUUAGUCUGGAUCAUGAGAUGAUAUGAAAUGUGCCUGUCCCCUUGCUCACAACCAAUGUUGAUAUCCUUAUGGGAAUAUUGAUGGACACAAUUCGCUGAUUGUAUGCUAUAGAUAUUCAUUAGCCUCCAGUGUAGAUGGUCAAAAUAUGUUGGGGAAAGUCCUGCACAGAUUAAAUGGGGGCCUUGACAAAUAAUUUGUUAUAUAGAUACAUGGGUGUAAAUACCUUCGCUUUCUUCCCUUCAGUGUGUUCUUGAUUCCAUGCCUUUCUUCAAUUUGUAAAAGCAGCACACUUGCCAUUAUCACAAUUAAAGUGUUGCAAACAGA